AUGCUCUCACGUUCCCCUUCAUCCAUCUCCAAUUCUGCAUUUCCGUGUGAUCUUCCUUGUUUCUCCGUUCGUUCCCCCUCCACUGCCGUCCAUCCGUCGUGUUCUUUUCUCGCCGCUCGUCCUCCCUGUCCCCACCCCCCUCCCUUGAUCGCGCGCGCGCAAGGAAACGGUGUAAUGUUCGGCUCCGCCAUCCGCGCGUCGGCACGUCACGGCGUCACUGCCUCUCCGUGUGCUUCCCCUCGCGCAUGUUAUGCUGUGGGCUCGCUGAACAAGUUUCAGGGACAGCACCCGCUGAGAGAACGAGCGAAGAAGCUGGGCGAUGGCAUUCUCGUCAUCAGGUUUGAGAUGCCGUUCCACGUGUGGUGUGGCGGGUGCAAGAGCAUGAUCGCCAAGGGCGUGCGGUUCAACGCGGAGAAGAAGCACAUCGCCAACUACCUCUCCACCAAGAUAUGGAGUUUCAAGAUGCGGGCGGCGUGCUGCCAGCACGAGAUAGAGAUCCACACGGACCCCAAGAACUGCGACUACCUCGUCGUGAGUGGAGCGGAGCGCAAGGUGGUGGAGUACGAUGCAGAGGAUGCCGGCACUGUGGAGCUGCCCUCCAAAGAGGAGCGAGAGCAGCUGUUGGAUCCGCUGGUGCGAUUGGAGCAUGGGGGGCGCGACCGCAAGAGGGCGGCAGCAGCUGCGCCCACUCUAGCGGCCGUGAAGGCUGCUGCGGACACCAAGCAUGCCGACCCCUUCCGCCUCAACCGUGUGCUGCGCUCCCACCUCCGGGAGCGCAAGAAGCGGGUGGCAGAGGAGGAGGCAGAGGCACGCAGCAGGGGGCUGGCGAUCCGGCUGCUGCCGCCCUCACAGGCGGACAGUGCAGCAGCUGCAGCAGCGCCCUUUGCCCACCGCUUUGACCACAACCGCGCGGAGAAGCGCACCGCCAUUCGCAGCGCCUCCAUCUUCACCCCCUCUGCUGCUCCCCCUGCCACUCCUGCUUCCGCUGCUGCUGCUGGCAGCUCGUCACACAAACGGCAUAAACCAGAGGGAAAGCAACAACUUACCCUGACACACAAGAGCAGCAGCAGCAGCAAGAUCAGCAGUAGAAGCAGCGGCGGGGAGAAGAAGGCAGAUGUGGCAAAGAGGGCGGAGCUUUUGGCGAAGAGGCGGCGGAUAGAUGUGCAGGGAGUGCUGGCACUGACACGCGGGCAGCUGUGA